AUGUCUACCUUGAAAUUUUCUUUCAUAUUUUCCAUAUUCCUCUUUCUUUUUCACAGUUCAACCCAACUUUGUUUUAAGAAAUAUUGUGGAAACCCUAAGUUAGGUCUUCUUAUUGAGUUCCCUUUCAUAUUAAGAGAUGAAUAUGGAAAUAACAGUAAUCAAAGUGAUCGAUGUGGAUACCCAGGAUUUGAAGUUCAUUGUAACGAUUCUAAGCAAGCUUUGCUUAAACUCUCAAAUGAUAGAAAUUUUGUAGUCAAAAGUAUUUCCAUUGAGAUACAAAGAAUUUGGGUCAAAAGUCCCAAUGAUUGUCCACCCCAAAGGUUCGUUGAAAACAAAAACAUCAUCGAUGAUUCACCUUUUGCAUGGGACAACUCAUUUUAUAGUCAUUAUGAAAAUAUAACAUUUCUCAAUUGUAGUACUAAUUCUGCAAAGGAACCAAAUCCAGUGAUCGAUGAACUUCCAACUAUACCUUGUAUGAGCAAUGCAAAUUAUUCCAUUAUGUAUACGUUGCAAUCAUCUCUUGUUAGUUCGUUGAACUCGACGUGUCAUGAGAUUGGUUUUGCUGAGGUUCCUGUCAAAGAUAAUUCACAACAACCAUUGGUAAUCAAGGAUGGGCUUUACUCUGAAGCAAUGUUGCGAUGGAAUACUCCUUCAUGUGGUUGUGAACCUGAUCAAUUCUGUGGCUUUUUAACUGAUACGGGUCUUAAUGUUACUUGUUAUAGUAACACUAUUAAUUUCCCAGUUGGAAAUCCUUCGACUCAAAGGCAUAAAAAAUUUAAAUUUUUUCCAGUACUUUGGGGAGUAUUAGGAAUUUUGUUCUUCAUGUGGUGGCUAUCUUUAUCCAUAUGUAGAGAUAGACAACAAAAUCAUAUUCAACAAAGAGAGACUAUUACAAACAUAGAGCCAAGUAAUCGAGAACCACCUUGGUUUGUGUUUGGGCUUGAUAGAUCAAUGAUAGAAGAAUAUCCAAAGAUUCAACUAGCAGAAAGUGUACAAUUACCUAAGUCAAUUGACAAUGUUUGUUCCAUAUGUCUUAGUGAGUAUAAGCCUAUGGAGACAUUAAGGAGUAUACCCCAAUGCAAUCAUCAUUUUCAUGUUGAUUGUAUAGAUGUUUGGCUCAAGAUGAAUGCUACAUGUCCUAUAUGUCGAAACCUGCCAGGGUUAUGA